AGCAGCAGUCUUAGGAAAGAGUGAUGUGAUCUCUGGAGAGGUUCUAGCUUAUUAUGACUUCAUGGUUAGUAACAAGUAAUAGUGUCUGGUGAAGGGUUUGCAAAGUUGGGUCCUGACUUUUAUUUAAAGAAAUUUUAAAGGAAUUGAUGAUUAAAAUGUUUCUAUUUAUACUGACAUCAGCUCAAAAAGAGACAAGAACUCCAAGAUAAAAUAACUCCAUAUUUUACAAAUAAACUCCAUCUCAACAAUGUUAACCAUGUUCUGACGAUAUAUUUUCAAAGCAAAUGGCUCUGGUGGGAUAGUAACACCUCUGGGAGAAAGAAAAUUGUCUUCCUCUCUCGAAGGUGGUGAGUGGACCACAGGCGGCUACAUGGAGGGAACAGUGAUCAGAUGGUUCCCUUCUACAUUUUGUGCUAGGAAACAAAAUCAGUUAUAGGAAUCCAUGUUGAUCUCGGAAGUAGAAGGAUUUAGAAAAGUUAAGUUUGCACAAAAACCAAGAACUUUCCCAUCUCCUUUUUGAUCUGAAGACUGGGGGACAAUGGAUAUUAUAGAGACAGCAAAACUCGAAGAACAUAUGGAAAAUCAAACCAAUGAUCCCGCAAACACUUACACGAGACCUGCUGAACCUGCUGAAGAAGAAAACAAAAAUGGCAACAGUAAACCUAAGAGCUUAUCCAAUGGGUUGCGAAAGGGCACCAAAAAGUACCCGGACUAUAUCCAGAUUGCUAUGCCCACUGAAUCCAGGAACAAAUUCCCCCUGGAGUGGUGGAAAACAGGCAUUGCCUUCGUGUACGCCCUCUUCAACCUCGUCCUAACCACCGUCAUGAUCACGGUUGUACACGAAAGGGUACCUCCCAAGGAGCUCAGCCCCCCGCUACCAGACAAGUUUUUUGAUUACAUUGAUCGGGUAAAAUGGGCAUUUUCUGUAUCAGAAAUCAAUGGGAUUAUAUUAGUUGGAUUAUGGAUCACCCAGUGGCUGUUUCUGAGAUACAAGUCAAUCGUGGGACGCAGAUUCUUUUUUAUCAUUGGGACUUUAUACCUGUAUCGCUGUAUUACAAUGUACGUCACCACUCUCCCUGUGCCCGGAAUGCAUUUCCAGUGUGCCCCAAAGCUCAACGGAGACUCACAGGCGAAAAUACAACGAAUUCUACGAUUGAUUUCCGGUGGUGGGCUGUCCAUAACUGGAUCCCAUAUCCUGUGUGGAGACUUCCUCUUCAGCGGUCACACCGUUGUGCUGACACUUACUUAUUUGUUCAUCAAAGAAUAUUCGCCUCGUCACUUCUGGUGGUAUCAUUUAAUCUGCUGGCUGCUGAGUGCCGCCGGGAUCAUCUGCAUCCUUGUAGCUCAUGAACACUAUACUGUUGAUGUGAUCAUUGCUUAUUACAUUACAACACGGCUGUUUUGGUGGUACCAUUCAAUGGCCAAUGAAAAGAACUUGAAGGUCUCUUCACAGACUAAUUUCUUGUCCCGAGCCUGGUGGUUCCCCAUCUUUUAUUUUUUCGAGAAAAACGUACAAGGCUCAAUUCCUUGCUGCUUCUCCUGGCCGCUCUCCUGGCCCCCUGGCUGCUUUAAGUCUUCAUGCAAAAAGUAUUCCCGGGUUCAGAAGAUCGGCGAAGAUAAUGAGAAAUCUACCUGAGGAGCAAAAACAAAGGCAUCAGCUCUUAAACCAAAAGAGUUAACGCUGUAACCAAAGGUAUAGUUUUGGGUUUUUAUUUUAGAAGAACUGACUGGUAAAUGAAGAAAUGCACCAAAUUCCGUGUAAACGAUUAGAGAGAUGAACGAAGUAUUACCCUUUGACCGUUUUUUUAUUCAUCCUGAGAAAAGCAUAUUCUCCUGCAGCUCUUCCUUCAUUGGUGACAAGCCCCCAAACUGGGAUUUUAUUAAUGAGCUUGUUAAAGAGGUGCCAAAGAACCUACUCUUCCUUCUCCUUAUACUUUAGCCACUAAUGCCCUCUACAGAAAUUUUUCAGGAUUUUUUUUUUUUUUUUUUUUUUUUUUUUUUUGCCUCCGAGGUCAGAAGAAUUUGUUAAUGUUUUAAAUAAAAUGUCUGGAUACAUACAGCUACUGUGUAAAUAGAAUAACCUCAUGUUGAGAGUGGUUUUAGCAUUAGGCUUUUUAAGGAGGGGAAGAUCUGUCAGUUGUAAGUGAACUUGAGGUGAACUUCGUUUCCACCUUGUCCUGGGGAAGGUCAAGGUCAGGUCUGGGAAUGUGCACCUGCUGCUACCACCCACUGCACCAUGUAUCACUUUUACUUUUUUUUGUAAACUGAUAAUUUUAUAAAAAGAAAGAAAAGUGAUCUAUUGUGGAAGAAUUUGA